AUGGUCCACGGAGUAUGUUAUAGCUUUUACAGUUCACCAAAUUUUCUAUAUUGGAUUCAUAUUCAGUCUUAUUAUUAUCUACCCAUUUUAUACGCAUGUGUAUCAGUUGAAUCGGGAGAAGGAGAAAGCGUGGCAUCUCUUGGAGAAUCCAAUGAUGAUGACUAUGAAAAUGAAAUCCUCGACUUCUGGAGUGCCUCUAAAGAAUCCUCAUUUUUGCUCUUCCAUUGGACCAAUCAAUUCACUUUACAUCUUUUUACACGAGUACACUGUUUAUUAAUUUCUCUGGUGACCCUUCAAAGAUUCAUGAUCUACUUUUUCCCAAUCGCUGAGCCUUAUGUGAACCUGGAGGCUAAAAAUAUGGGCCUUUGUGUAAAAUGGAUUUAUGGGAUCACAUCGAUUUUUGUUUUGUUUUUCUUAAUUUUCAAUGCUUUUGAAAUUAUCCCGAUUACCGGCUCAAAAAAGGUUUCACCGUAUUUUUACUAUUACUUUUCCCUGGACGCUUUAUUUUUCGCAUCGUCAACUUUAUACAUUCCUAUUAUGAUAAGUGUCCGAAAACAUGCUCAUUUGGCUAGUGUCAUACAAAACAAGCCACAGAAAUAUGUACUUUAUCAGUGUCUCAUUUGUUUGGUGUUCAGAACGGCUCACUACCCGUAUAUGUUAUUCUUAUAUUAUCGUCUGGAAUAUCGAAUUGAUCCGAUAAUCGAGUUUGCUAUCGAAAUGGACUUUUUGAACACUCCUAUAAUUGUUCAAUUGUCAUACUUAUUUUGCAACAAGAGAAAUGCAGACAUUUUAUUUUCGAAAAAUUUGUUGAAAUUAAUGUUUUGCCCAAAUUCCAACUAUAUUACUCCAGUUGGUCUCUCUGGAAAAUUCCCUUGUGGGCACGCCGUUGAAGGUGCCUCGCCGCUACCAGCUGCGCUACGGUGGCGGGAGUGGAAGCGCCCACCAGCGGUACCAGUUUGUCUUCUACCCUCCUAUCUGAAUAUCCCUGAGCAAGAAUCAGCAAGAGCAGACGUGAUUCAAGAACAUCCAUGUUUGAAAUUGGUGGAAACUGGAGAUCGCCAACUCUUCGUUUUCACAACAAACAGUCUAACUUCAUUGCUAACAACAGUUCCACGUAGUUUUUUGAUUGCUGCCAAACUCGUGUUUUUCGUUUUCACUUGGUAUAAGACUUGGAAAAGAACAACGACGUCUUAUUACUCGAAAAACACACUGAAGAUUCAGAAGAAGUAA